AUGGGGCGCACCGCGGGUUCUGGCGCGCCUGUCGCGGGGUGGAGCGUGUGGGAUGAGGGCCCUUCCUGGCAUCGACUCGGGGCGCGGUUCGACGAGAACGCCGAUCCCGUUCCAGACGCACGCGAGUUGCCAGUCGGGAUCGGGAACAAGGGCGGCGUCAGCGUUGGGAGGAAGGCGGACUACCUCGCGAAAUUGGAGUGGGAAUUCUUGCCCGAUCUCGCUGCUUCUGGCGCGAGGGGCCCGUCGGCGUUCUGCGCGGCGUUACCCGACGCAGUCUUCAACGACGGCUGGUUCACCAUGGCGGAACUUGAUUUCCAAGCGGCAGUGGCGAAACUCCAAAGGCACCCCGGCCCCGCCAAGGACGAGUCCAAGCUGGCAGACGUGCUGAUCCUGAGCCUGUACGAUGACAGAACUUUCGUCCUAUCCAGGAUAGGACGGAAGGUCUCCCAGCGAGCCCCGUACGCCCACGCCGCGGCGGCGCUCGCCGCGCCGGGUGCCGCGGCGAGGAGGGCCACCUCGCCGAGGCCCGCGCAGGCCGAGGCGCCGCACGCCCAGGGCAGCUGGCCUGCCGACGGCUGCCGGCCCUACGUGAGGGCCCUGGCCGCUGAGAAGCGCCCUCCGGCCCUGUGGCUGCCCAAGUCCCCGCGGCCCCACCCCGGAGCCGCCCUGCAGCUGCCCCUGGGGGCCGUCGACCACGCCAGGCGGGGCGGCGCCCCGGCGGCAAGGCCCAAGCGCCCGUCGAGCUGCUCGUCGGGCGUCCUCGGCGCGCUGUCCCCGCCGAGGGCCGGCGGCGCCUCGAGCCCGACCUUGCACGGCUGGCCGCCGGAGGCGGAGAGCCAGCGGCAGGCCACAGUGGCCGGCCUGCUGCGCAUCGCCGGGCACCCCGCCGCGGGGGCGGGGCAGCAGCGGUCGCCGAGCGGCCCCAAGGAGGACGAGAGGAACGCCGCUCCGCGGCCCAGCAGGGCUGCGGCGCGGUCUCCGAGCGUGCCAGGCAGCCCGUGGAGCCCCCACAGCUCCGCGGGCUCCUCCGCGGCGGGCCCGCGGGAGCCGAGCUCGAGGAAGUCGUCCAUCGCCGGCAUCAGGCGCAGCCCCAGGCAGUCGGUAUGCUUCCCCGGCGCACUGCCGUGCAUCUACGCCCACGCGGGCGCCGACCGCCAUGAGAAGCGGGUGUCUUCCUCGCCGAGCAAGAGGAGGCCCUCGCAGUCGUCGCCCUCGGAGAACAGGUGGCCGACUGCCCCGUGGGGAUUCAGCGACGGCCAGCACCUCGCGGUGGCCACCAGCGCCUGCCAGGACGCCAACCCGGAGCACAGGUCGCACAUGGAGGACGAGCUCGUCGUCGCCGACGCCCUCCAGGUCGCGGUGGGCGCAGAGGGAGCGGCUUCCGAUUGGGCUUUCUUCGGCGUCUACGACGGCCACGGUGGACGCGGCGCCGUGGACGCGUGCAGGGACCAGCUGCACCAGGUGGUCGCCGCCGAGCUCCAAGGCUUGGCGCCGGUGGACAGCGCCGGCGUGCACGCCGCCCUGGCCAGGGCCUUCGAGCAGGUAGACUCGGACCUCCACCGCGCCGGGGCCGCGGCGAGGUGCGGGUGCACCGCCACGGCUGCGUUGGCGCACCGGGCUGAUGGUGAGCUCACCCUGUACGUGGCCAACGUCGGGGACUCGCGUGCCGUGAUCAUCGGCGACGGCGACGCCAAGCGGGUCCCGCCGCCUCCGCCCCAGCAGAUGAAGGUCACUCCUCAGAGUUUCGCGAAGAAGGUGAGUAUUGCCUUUUCUCCCUCGGCGUCGGACGUCCAGGAAACGCCAAGAUGCUUUCGGAAGAGCUCCACCGACGGCGUUGGUUUUGACACCCCUCGCGGUCAGGUCUCGCUCCGUCUGGAGCCGCUCAGAGAUCAGGCCGCCAAUAUGCAGUGCAGCGUCGAGAAGCCAGGUGCUGAUACCCCGAAGCCGAAAGUCACUUCUUUUCCACGUGCGUUCAAGGCCCUGAAGAUUGAGGAAUCGAAGCCGGGGGAGAUUGUGGAUCAGGGAUCUAACGACCACGGGGGGGACCUCGUCUGUUUGCAGAAGGAAUUCCCCAGGCAUCGUUUCUUCAUCAACCCGCACCCGCUGAACACUCCUGGUCACGGGGUCCUGGUGUGUAUUAAGAAGCGCGUUGCCGGGUGUCUCACCGACUUUCACCUGGAAGCUGCGGUUCCGGGGAAGAUAUCUUAUGUGAUGGGCUGGCGCUCCUCUGGGAUCCCUGGGGUUGCGGCGAUCCGCUUGCCGAGCGUUGAUGUCGGCAUCGGCCUCUAUCGUCAGCAGUUGAUCCGUUUGCAGUCGACGCUCUUCUCUGCCUCUCUCGCCGCCGAUCUCAUCCCCGGGGGCUUCAUUUUUGCAUUCAGUGACGAGGGUCGUUCUCAGGUUCAGUCGGGCACCUCUACUCGCGGGGGCACUGCUCACACUAGGGAGUUGAAUCAGCGCGUUGGAUCGCUCACAGAACUGCCCCAGCCUCACGAUACUCGUCGGGCCUGCCAGGGUGCACAGAUCGCGGGGGCCGCUCGGUUGGAUCGGGUCUACAUCAGUACGCACCCUUCGGUCCUGCAUGAUUUCGCGAUCACAGGUUCUACUAUCGGUAUGCCUACCAACCUGAAGAACCCUUCGGACCACGUUCCUGUCGUGGCCACGCUGGACCUUCAUCUCUCCACCUCCUUGUCGGCGGUGCACCCCGCUCUUUCUGGCAUCUUCGAUGUUGGCGCGUGCGCUCUGGCGGGCGACGCGGGCCUCAUCGCGCGCAUUGCUAAUUUCAAAAACGCCCUCUUGGAUGGUGAAGACACGGCGAUUGAGCAGGCCGCCUCUAUUCCUGAGCAUGAGUUGCAGCGACGGCGUGCGCGUGUGCAGCGCAAUCGCUAG